UGUGGAGGUUGGACUUGUGGAUGGAAAGGAGACCGCUGAUGUGGAUCUGAGGGACCGUGAGGGUUGGUAGGGGGAGAGGAGGUCAGAUGUUGUUCAACUGUACUUUAUUGUCAAAUGUACUGAGGUAUAGUUAAAUUUGGAUUUUGUAGACAGUUCCGUAAAAGUAUUACUACACAUAAGCACAAUCUUAGAUGAAGUACAUAUAGGAAUAGUACACUGAUACAGUAUACAAGUCACCAGGAUUUGGUGUCAAUGGGUUUGUAGUACAUUCUGGCCCCUGUGAUGGAGAGAGUUUGAGAAAAAGGGAAGUGUCAGAGACAGUCAAAGUGAAUUUGAGGGCUGGGUGGAAGUUAGUGGUAAAGUUGCUGAAAUAAACCAGUUUUGCAUAGGUCCAUUGCAGGAUUUAUUUUGGCAGAGGCAAGGAGAACCCAGAGCGGGUGCACCGACCAAUGCUAGCUCAGCAGCCGAACCCCUUGCUGCAAUGCACCCAUGUGCAAAGAUCAUUCGGUCUUCUCCUGCGCACGCGCAUCCCCGAGCGAGUGACGGUUGCGCGCAGGGUCUCUCUCCACACCCGCUACGCGUUGUCGUCAGUUCCGCUUCCGCCGUGUGUGACGUAGCAAGGCCCCGAGCGAGUAUCCCCAGCCCUCACCGCUUGCGAGAGGCGACGCCAUGGAGCUGGCGGGCGAGCAGCCGUCGCCCAAGGAGGAGGGCGAACUGGAGGACGGCGAGAUAGACGAUGACAACGACGACGACGACAGCCCGUACCAGGAAUCGCGGCUCGUCUCCUUCUCCCCACAGCGGCCCAGGCCCGGAAGCAGCGGCAGCGGCGGCGGCGGCGGCGGCUUGGGCCCGAAGCCGCACCGGCCUCCCGGCUCUCGCCACAGCGGCCAGCCGCCGGCGUCCAGCAACGGCCUGGCUUACCGGCUGAAAGAGCAGUACCGCGGCUUCGGACAGAAGCAGCAGCCCCUGCUGCCGCCGCCCGCCCUGCUCGGCGACUCGCCCCGCUCCAACUUCUGGGAGAGAAGUCACGGCACCUUCGGCCGCUUCCGUUCUCGGGAAGGCUCGAACCGUGGUCGCUGGGGCAGAGGAUGCCCCGGGCCCCGGGGCUGCAAGAGAGGAGGGAGGCCUGGGCCGGGUCCAGGGCCCAACUUCGGCGGCGGCAAUAUCCGCAGGGAUUCCCCGCCUAGGAAACCAAAACCUUUUGGCCGUUCACUGUCAAGACGACCAGUUUAUUACCACAGAAAUGAAGAAGACAUGGAAGAAACAUUUGAAGAUCUGCUUAGGAAGUACAAGGAGAUUCAGCUGGAACUGGAAUGCCUUAAUAGAGAAGAGAAGAUGUCUCAAAAUAAUAAGGGGGAAAACUUGUUGGAAGAGGAAGCGGGAGUUGUAUCUGGGGAUGCCAGUAUUGAUGCAAACAGUAUUGACAAGAACAAUGAGAACUUGGAAUCUUCCACAGAGAAAUCUCAGGUGAAAGCUUUUCAAUCAUUUGAAAUAAAACCCAUUAGAAAUAAACUACCUACUCCAGCUGAAAUGGAUCAAAUCAACAUGAUUAAAGACAAUAACGUGGAGCCUUUUGAGCCCGUAACAGGAAAACAAGGUGCUAAUUGUAAAGAUUCAGGUCAUUCUUCAAAUAAUACGUUGUCAAUAGAAUCUACCUUUAAGGAUGCCAAAAUGGAGGAAGAUGAUGAGGAACGGGAGGGGAAGGAGGAAGAAGAGCUGUCAGAGCUUCAGUUGCGGCUACUUGCAUUGCAGUCUGCAAGUAAAAAGUGGCAACAAAAGGAACAAUGUGUAAUGAAGGAGAGCAAGGAGAAGCUUACUAAACCAAGAAUCUCUCAGCAGAAGAUUAGGAGCAGCCCAAAAACACAUGCAGUCAAGAAAACUCUUAAUACAGCAACUGCAACAAAGCAGGUUUUGCGGAGGCAGAAAACGAGAGCUUGGAAAAAGUUACAGCAGCAAAAGGAGCAGGAAAAGCAGCGCAGAGAGGAUGAGGAAAGGAGACAGAUGGAAGAGGAGGAACGAAAGAAACGCGAGGAUGAAAUCAGAAAAAUUCGCGAUCUUUCUAAUCAGGAGGAGCAGUACAAUCGUUUCAUGAAACUUGUUGGAGGAAAACGACGAACCAGUAGCAAGUCAACAGAUACAGAUAGUAAAAAAUCGCAAGAAAAACCAAUAGAAGAGUCUGGCAACUUGUACCAGUAUGAUAACUAUGAAGAGGUUGCGAUGGAAACAGACAGUGAACCCAAUUCGCCAGUAUCAUCUCCAGUGCCACGUCCAUUCACCGUGGAUUACCAGACAGGGUAUUUUAUUCCAGUGCCACCAGUGCCAAUAUCUAUCCAUCAAAGUCUGGGAGAGUCUUUCUUUCCAAAUUAUUUGGAGAGUUACUUCCCUUGUCCUUUCGAGCUGCCCCCACCACCGCCACCACCACCACUUCCACCCGAGGAGCCUGAGCAACCGCCUAAGCCACCGUUUGCUGAUGAGGAGGAAGAAGAAGAAAUGCUGCUUAGAGAAGAAUUGUUAAAAUCUAUAGCAAAUCGACGUGCUUUGAAACCUGAGCAGGAUUCGAGUGAUGAUUGUGAUCUUUCUUUGCCACCUCUUCCUAUUGAGAAUUUGCAAUCGGCGCCAGUAAAUAAUUUCUCAACUGCCAGUUUGAAUUCUACAUUACAGCCACGUCCACAAACCACAAAAUUUGUGAGAGCUCCUUCAGCAAAUCGGCCGCUGAUAAUGAUUCCAAGGCACAAAUCAGUAGUUGUGAGACUGGAUGACUCUGAUGAUAGUGAUUCAGAUAAUGAGCAACCCAGUCUAAUGGGUGUCUUUGGCGGUUUGGAAUCCAUGAUUCGAGAAGCAAGAAGGACUGCAGAGGCAUCAAAACCAAAACCUAGGCUAAAAGCAGAAAAAGAAAAUGAUCCUGCAGGAACCAUAAGUGGAUUGCCAGAAGGAGGAAAGAAAGAAAAUAGACCUUUGAAGGAAGAAAACAUCAGUCGUGAGAAACAGCGAGUGUUGAAAUCAGAUUUAUCAAAGGGUAGUCCAUCACCAGUACACUCUGAUGCUGAAGUAAAUGCUGUUAUCAAGAGAACAAUCGUCAAUAAACAAUUAUCAGAGGUUGAAGAGAAAUUAAGAAAACACAAAGAUGAAAAGACACAGCUGCUGGCUGGGGCGAAGCACCAUGCACAGGACAGCGCCCCCUCCUGGGCAACGAGAUUGCUGUGCAGUUUUCAAUCGUGUAAAGCAAAACCUUUUGGCCGUUCACUGUCAAGACGACCAGUUUAUUACCACAGAAAUGAAGAAGACAUGGAAGAAACAUUUGAAGAUCUGCUUAGGAAGUACAAGGAGAUUCAGCUGGAACUGGAAUGCCUUAAUAGAGAAGAGAAGAUGUCUCAAAAUAAUAAGGGGGAAAACUUGUUGGAAGAGGAAGCGGGAGUUGUAUCUGGGGAUGCCAGUAUUGAUGCAAACAGUAUUGACAAGAACAAUGAGAACUUGGAAUCUUCCACAGAGAAAUCUCAGGUGAAAGCUUUUCAAUCAUUUGAAAUAAAACCCAUUAGAAAUAAACUACCUACUCCAGCUGAAAUGGAUCAAAUCAACAUGAUUAAAGACAAUAACGUGGAGCCUUUUGAGCCCGUAACAGGAAAACAAGGUGCUAAUUGUAAAGAUUCAGGUCAUUCUUCAAAUAAUACGUUGUCAAUAGAAUCUACCUUUAAGGAUGCCAAAAUGGAGGAAGAUGAUGAGGAACGGGAGGGGAAGGAGGAAGAAGAGCUGUCAGAGCUUCAGUUGCGGCUACUUGCAUUGCAGUCUGCAAGUAAAAAGUGGCAACAAAAGGAACAAUGUGUAAUGAAGGAGACAACUGCAACAAAGCAGGUUUUGCGGAGGCAGAAAACGAGAGCUUGGAAAAAGUUACAGCAGCAAAAGGAGCAGGAAAAGCAGCGCAGAGAGGAUGAGGAAAGGAGACAGAUGGAAGAGGAGGAACGAAAGAAACGCGAGGAUGAAAUCAGAAAAAUUCGCGAUCUUUCUAAUCAGGAGGAGCAGUACAAUCGUUUCAUGAAACUUGUUGGAGGAAAACGACGAACCAGUAGCAAGUCAACAGAUACAGAUAGUAAAAAAUCGCAAGAAAAACCAAUAGAAGAGUCUGGCAACUUGUACCAGUAUGAUAACUAUGAAGAGGUUGCGAUGGAAACAGACAGUGAACCCAAUUCGCCAGUAUCAUCUCCAGUGCCACGUCCAUUCACCGUGGAUUACCAGACAGGGUAUUUUAUUCCAGUGCCACCAGUGCCAAUAUCUAUCCAUCAAAGUCUGGGAGAGUCUUUCUUUCCAAAUUAUUUGGAGAGUUACUUCCCUUGUCCUUUCGAGCUGCCCCCACCACCGCCACCACCACCACUUCCACCCGAGGAGCCUGAGCAACCGCCUAAGCCACCGUUUGCUGAUGAGGAGGAAGAAGAAGAAAUGCUGCUUAGAGAAGAAUUGUUAAAAUCUAUAGCAAAUCGACGUGCUUUGAAACCUGAGCAGGAUUCGAGUGAUGAUUGUGAUCUUUCUUUGCCACCUCUUCCUAUUGAGAAUUUGCAAUCGGCACCAGUAAAUAAUUUCUCAACUGCCAGUUUGAAUUCUACAUUACAGCCACGUCCACAAACCACAAAAUUUGUGAGAGCUCCUUCAGCAAAUCGGCCGCUGAUAAUGAUUCCAAGGCACAAAUCAGUAGUUGUGAGACUGGAUGACUCUGAUGAUAGUGAUUCAGAUAAUGAGCAACCCAGUCUAAUGGGUGUCUUUGGAGGUUUGGAAUCCAUGAUUCGAGAAGCAAGAAGAACUGCAGAGGCAUCAAAACCAAAACCUAGGCUAAAAGCAGAAAAAGAAAAUGAUCCUGCAGGAACCAUAAGUGGAUUGCCAGAAGGAGGAAAGAAAGAAAAUAGACCUUUGAAGGAAGAAAACAUCAGUCGUGAGAAACAGCGAGUGUUGAAAUCAGAUUUAUCAAAGGGUAGUCCAUCACCAGUACACUCUGAUGCUGAAGUAAAUGCUGUUAUCAAGAGAACAAUCGUCAAUAAACAAUUAUCAGAGGUUGAAGAGAAAUUAAGAAAACACAAUCUCCUUCUUACAAAAGAUGAAUCUCUCUUAUCGAACCUACUACAACAAGAAGCAAAAAAGAAGGAGGCACUGCGUCAAGCUGAAGUCAAAUACAUGAAGCAUAAAGAACAGUUGCAGGCAGCUGAGAAGAUUGUCAAUGCCAAUAGAAUGCUCCUUAAAAAACUUCAAGAACAGAUUCAUAAAGUAAAACAUCGAAUACAGGUUAAGAAAAGCUUGUCAGUCAAAUAUGAGGAAUUUGCACGAGCAAAAGCGCUUGCUAGUCGGGAAGUAGGAAAACGUAAACAUGAACAAGGUCCCUUUGUGUCUAAUAAGAAUAUCCGAUUGGAUGGCUCAUCUACAAAAACAGUAAUUUUAAAGAAGCAAUCUGCCGAAUAUAUAGCAAUGGAAAAAAAACGCUUGCAACAACUCGAGUAUGAAUAUCGGCUAAAGAUUCAAAAAUUGAAAGAGGCGCAAGCUUUAAGAAAUGCAGGACUAUCAGAAAGUAUGCCUGGAAUUGGGGAAGAGCAGGCAUUUGUGGUAUCUCAGCCUUCAAUGCAUGACCUGACUCAGGAUAAACUUAUCCUUGAUACCGAAGAAAAUGAUGGAGAAGACGAAGUGCAAUCUCCUUCUCUAAGGGAACGAAGGAGGUCAUUCCGGGAAUCAAACUCUUUCACAAAGCCAAAUCUGAAGCACACUGACGUAAGUCAAGGAAAAGAAACUUUAAGUAAGCCAACAAAGAAAAGCUUAGAUGAGCCUGAACUUUUCCUUGGUCUCAAUAUUGAUGAUCUCAAAAAACUUCAUGGAGAGGCCGAUGACUUUAAAACAUUGCUGCAGAAAACUUUAGGUUGCAUGACAUCAAAGGAGAAGUCUCCAUGUGGCCAGGAGAUUCCUGUGGAUUUGGAUACAGUGCCACAGUCAAGACAAGUUGAUCUGAAACCGACUCCAUUUGGAACAUACAAUAGCCCCCUUUUAGUCUUCAAAUCUUAUAGGUUCAGCCCUUAUUUUCGUAACAAAGAGAAGCUUCUGAUUAGUUCUGCAUCCUAUAGCAACUUGAUUGAUCCCAAGCAAUGCUUCUGUCGUUUUGAUUUAACUGGUACAUGCAAUGCUGAUGAUUGCCAAUGGCAACACAUGAGAGACUGCAUUUUAAAUCAAUCCCAGCUGUUCCAAGAUCUUCUCUCCUACAAUUUAUCUCUGAUUAAGUGUUCAGAUUUUAGUACAGAUGAAGAAAUCCGGGUUGCAGCAAAUAAUCAUGUAGAUAAACAGUUUGGGAAAAACAAAGAUCGGAUGACCACGGAUGAGAUGGCUGUUUUGCUUGUUAGCAAAGUAAAUGAAAGUACUGGUCACACACCUCCUUAUACAACAUUCAAAGAGAGAAGGAAAUGGAAGCCUAAACUUCUGAGAAAACAAGUUUCUGAAAGUAGCAAUAGUGAUGAUGAACAAAUUUCUGGACCAGUAAGAUAUGCCAAGCCCGUGGAAGAUUCUUGGUCUGGAAAUCGAGUAUUAGACGCAGUUAUCACUCCAGAUGAUGUUCGGUAUUUUACGGCGGAGACUGAUGAUAUUGCCAACCUGGAAACGAGCGUGAUGGAAAAUCCCCAAGAUGUACAGCUUUGGAUUAAACUCACCUACAAAUACCUGAAUCAGAGGGAAGGGACCCCUGCAGAAUGUUUAGAUGCGGCAUUGAAUGCUUUGGCUCGAGCACUUGAAAUUAAUAGAGCAAAUCCUGAAAUAUGGUGCCAUUAUCUUAACUUAUUUUCAAAGCGUGGUACAAAGGAAGAAGUUCAAGAAAUGUGUGAGACAGCAGUCCAGUAUGCUUCUACACAUGCUGUCUGGUGGACUUAUUUAACACUCGAGAACUCAUUUGAAGGAAAAGACUAUGUCUGCAGCCGACUUGUGCAGUUUCUUAUGGAAACUAUGGAAACGUCAGAAAAAUCAGAAAUUCUGUCUUUUCAGUUACUUCAAUCUCUGCUUUUUUGGGCGCAGUUAAGUCUCCUUACUGGAAGGCAGCAGAAUGCACUGGCCAUCUUUCAGAAUGCCUUGAAAACUUCGGAUGGUAACAAAAGUAUGGCCGAACAUUUAAAUGGAAAUGAAUGCUGCCUGGCUUGGUUAGCGUACAUUCACCUCAUUGAAUUCAACAGUCUUCCUUCCAAAUUUUUUGAUCCAGCCGUAGCUAAUUCUUCUGAACUCGUAACCAAGGAGCCGUUUCUAAUUCCUUGGCAAACAUCAAAAGAUAUAAAGACACACCCUGAUACGUUGCUUGCAUUGUUUGAAGAUGCUGUCCAAGCAUGUUCUCGAGACUAUUCUGUGGAAGAGAGGAUUACAGUCUGCCUCUCGAUUUACAGAAAUAUGAUUUCAGCACUGAGACUAAUGGGGAGGUGGGAAGCUGCUGAGAAACUCUGCAAAACACUGCUACAGUCAUGCCCAGCUGCUUACCAACUUUGUGAAGCUCUAGCAGACCUUUAUUUGGAGAGAAAACAAAUUGAUGAUGCUGUGAAUGCGUGGCUUUGUGCUUUUAGGAGAAGUCCCCAUAAUGCUCAAUUAUUCUAUUACGCAUUCAAAUUCUUUAUUUCAGUGAAAAACAUAGAUAUCAUUCCAGUUUUGUUUCAAGAAUUUAUCAACUCCUUCUUUGAGGGAGAGGUCCCUGAACAUCACCCUGCAGAUAUUUUGCGUCACCUCCUCAAUUAUCCAAUGCCUUAUGACUUCAGAGCGCCUUCAUGUAAAGAAGUAUUGAACGGGGAGCGGCUGAGCACACAAAUACCCUAUCUAUGGCUAAUCUUCUGCUUAUGGCAGUCCAUUAAUGCAAGCACAAGAGAAGCGGUAGACACAUUUGAAGCAGCGCUGAGUACAGUUAUGCAGAGUGAUGUAUUGAAACGGGUCUGGAUGGAUUAUCUGUUUUUUACCAAUAGCCAACUAGUUGGGACUAACAACAAGAUCAGAGACUUCAAACUGUUUACAGACCUUGUUCACAGAUGUCUGGUCACUGUCCCGACAAGAAUGCCUAUCCCAUUCAGCUCUGCCAAAUAUUGGACCAAUUACGAAUUUCAUAAUCAGGUGAUUUCCUUUUAUCUGAGCUGCCUUCCUCAAUCCCAGCAUUGCCAAGCCUUGGAGAAAUUCCCUUCCAUGAUGCCAACUAAUGUUGAACUGGCAUUAAGGAUCCUGGAACAGGAGUGGAAGGAGGGUAAUAUCCAACACCUCAAGUUACAAUUGAAAAUGUAUACACAUUCUCUACCAAUCUGUUUGCCGAUUUGGAAAAUAGCCAUAGUUGUUGAAAGCAUGUUAAGGGACCAUCAAAAUGAGGUUCGGCACCUUUACCGACGGGUUCUUCAGAAGCUACCGCUUUGCGCAUCACUAUGGAAAGAUCAACUCUUGUUUGAAGCAUCAGAAGGAGGUAAAACUGAUAAUCUCAGAAAACUAGUUGCCAGGUGCCAGGAGAUUGGCGUCAGCUUAGAUGAGCUCUUAAAUUUAAGCCCUUCCCAGAACAGAGGGCAGUGAUUACAGAGCAUAAAAAUCUUGCCACAUCCCCCACGUUAAGAGGUGGCUCUUCAAGACCUGGCUCCUCUGUAGCUGAUGUCUGCAAAUGCAGGUAAUAAUAAGUGGAGAUGCCUUUGUCCACUGACUUUCUACUCUUCGUGGUCAAAAACCAUUGGAGUUUGCACACCAGUGACCCAAAGCAAGAUCCAUGAACUCCUACUUGGCCUCUCGGGGCCCUGUCAGAUUCUCGUGACAUCACGCCCGUAAGUAUGGUACUUCCAAAUGAUGAAUCCUUUUUCUUUCUUAAUGUUUGUCUUUAGUCUUGACGCAAACUGAUGCAUGUAAAAUUGGCUACAUAUAGUGCAGUUUUAUGCACUCGGAUAGGGCAGAUAUUUUCUUUUUUAUCCCAUCCCAAGUUAAACCUUUGUUGAGAUUUUUUAUUGCAGGUUCAAAAGCAGCAGGUUUCAAAGAAAGUGUUAUUGCCAUGGUACAGAGUCCAAAGUGACUGUUUACCUGGUGAAGAUUCAGGAGGGGUGGCAUAUUGCCCUUUCUUGUAUAUUCAGUGUGGUGGACUUGCUGCUGCAGGGACUCUGUUUUAUGUAUUAACAUACUUGAAGACGAGACUACUGCAGUGGAAAAGUUGGAACACUAAAAUUUAUGCAUGCCAGUGCAUCAGUAAUUGA